UUUAAAUAUAGCUUUGUGGAGGUUGCUUGAACUCAGAUCUGAGCUUUACCACAAAAUCUAGAUGGAAGAGAAGCUGGAUGAGCUGCUUCAAUCCCAAGCUCAUGUUUGGAACCAUGCUUUGAAAUUUAUGAACUCCAUGGCUCUUAAAUGUGCUGUUGAAUUGGGCAUACCGGAUGUUAUCCAUAGCCACGCCCAACCCAUGACCCUCUCCGAUUUAGUGGCGGCGCUCCGUAUUCAACCUUCAAAGGCUCAAUACCUUGGCCGCCUCAUGCGCCUCCUCGUUCAUUCCGGCUUCUUUGAUGCGGACGAGCAAGAAGACGUGAGAUACAGCCUCACGCCAUCCUCUCGCCUUCUCCUCCGCCACACCGACACACACUCCCACACUACUUUCCAAAUCAUACCCUUCUUGUAUCUUGGUUUGGAUAAAACUACAAUUGCUUCUUUGGGAGCUUUCAGCGGUUGGCUCUGCAGCUCAGAUCAAGACCAUAACUCCAAUUCCUUUGAAAUGGCAAACGGGAAGCCCAUAUGGGAGUAUGCUGCUCAGGAACCAAGUUUUGGCAAUUUGUUUCAACAGACAAUGGUUUGCGAUUCUGAAAUGAUUGGUAAAAUAGUGACGGAGAAGUGUAGCGGAGUGUUUGAAGGGUUGAAGUCAUUGGUUGAUGUUGGUGGUGGCACAGGCGUUAUGGCCAACGCUAUUGCAGAGGCGUUCCCGCACAUCACUUGCACUGUAUUUGAUCUCCCACAAGUGGUUUCCAACCAGCAACGAACUGCAAAAAACUUGAGGUUUAUUGGAGGAGACAUGCUUGAAGCAAAAAUUCCUCCUGCAAAUGCUGUUAUGCUCAAGUGGGUGUUACACAAUUGGGAUGAUGAACAAAGCAUUAAGAUAUUGAAGAAGUGUAAAGAUGCAAUUCCAAGCAGAGCUGAAGGUGGAAAAUUGGUGAUCAUAGACAUGGUGUUGGACAACGAAAUGGAAGAGAGGGAGUCCACUGAAACCCAACUGUUGUUUGAUGUAUUGAUGAUGGUCAAUCUACACGGCAAGGAGAGAAAUGAGAAAGAAUGGAAGAAUCUGUUUAUGGAAGCAGGUUUCAGUGAUUACACCAUAGUUUGUAAGUUGGGUUUAAGGUCACUUAUUGAAGUGUACCCUUAAUUGAAAGUGCCUUUGCUGCUUACACUCACUAUGUGCGUGUGAAAGAAACCAUGUAUAAUAAAGUUAUAUAUUAUGUGGGUUAGAAAAGUGUUGUAAAAUGGCCCAAUUUUUGUUGUGUUGUGUAUUGAGGGUGGCUUAAAAGGUGC